AUGGAGGACCCACCGGUUUUUGGCGGACCGAAAACCGGGUUUUUUGGACGCUCGGACCUGUCAUACCAGUCGAAACUCCCCCGGCCCCAACUUGGCAUCAAAUAUGUUUGGAUACCGACUCUCCCUGUUGAACUGAGUGGGUUCCUUGGCACCAAGAUUCACGGACUGAGCACUGAUGUUCAAUGCGAGACUCUCA